GCGACGGUUCUUUCUUCGUCCGAAUCCCGAACCCUAAUUCUCAGAAUCUUCACGACAAUGGACCCAUGCUACGAGCAGGUAUUGAGAAAUGAGGUCAUGUACCUUCAUUCUCUCUGGCGCCAAGGCCCUCCCAGAAACCCUAACUCAUCAUCCAUACCCCUCCAACCUUCCAAUCCUACGCACUUCAAGAAAACGGGAAGGGGAUCCAGGGGCAAAAAAUCCAAGAACAGGCAGCCUAAAAAUGACCCUCCAGCCGCCGCCUCCGCCAUCGAAUGGCCCUGCAACAGUCCAACGGAGCCGCCGCCGCUGCCGGAGUCGGGGUGGCCCUCUCUGAAGCUACCACCGGCGGCGACGACCCGGCUGCCCUCGGCCGAGGAACAGGCGCGCUUUGCCGCGAUGCAGUUGCAGCAGAAGGCCUUGAAGGCCGCGCAAGAGUUCUUAGCGAGUUGUGACAGCGACGGAGAAAAUUGCAUGGACGAAGAUGGAGACGACAACGAGGACGAAGAUAAAGACGGGAGUGAGGAAUACAGGUUCUUUGUGAAUGUGUUUGCGGAGGACGAUGAAUUGCGGGGCUACUACGAGAAGAAUUUCGAGGGCGGUGAAUUUUGUUGCUUAGUGUGUGGCGGAAUUAGGCAUAAGGUAGGGAAGAUCUUUAAAAGCUGCGUUUCCCUAGUUCAGCAUUCAAUUUCGAUCGUGAAGACGAAGAAGAAGAGAGCGCACAGAGCUUUCGCUCAGGUUAUAUGCAAAGUUCUUGGUUGGGAUCUUGAUCGGCUCCCAACUAUUGUUUCCUCGUUGGCCGGCAAUUCUCAGGGCAAUUCUAAGGUUGGUGUGGAACAAUUGAAAGAGCUUAACAAGAGCUCGAGCUCAGGCAAUGCUACUAAUGGUGAACUGGAUCUGAAGGAGUGCUCUAAUGUUUGUCAGGAAGAAGAGUUACUGAAUUCUAGUGUUGAUGCCUCAUCAAAUCUUGGUGGUGAUAAUGUGAUUCUUUGUGAGGGAAAUGAUGCAGUGGGGAUGGAGGAUCUGAAUAACCAAACAUUGGGUUUGGAAAAUGUUAAUAAUGGCGAACUAGUUCCUGAAUCUGUUUCUAAUGUUGGUUGGGAGGAAGAAUUGCAGAAUGCCAAUGUUCCUGGCACGCCAACUGCUAUUGGCAAUGAUAUGAUGCUUUGUGAGGGUUCUUCAAUGGUUGGCGACGAAAACAAAUGUGAGGAAAAUCUUGAAAAUCAGAAUUUUGAUGCAGCAGAAGGAAAGCCAGAGGGAGCUGUUAGUUGCCUGUGCAGGAACCUUUCAAGGACAAUGGUAUUGGAAAGGAACUCGAAGACAAUCCAGAGGGAGCCGUAGUUGAUAAUGAUCUGAGGAACUCUGAUGAGAAUCAAAAUUGCCAAGCAAGUUGAAGGAUGGUAUCAAAAAGAUGUCAAAGAGCACAAUCACCUAGUGAGACAUUCGUAUUAUUGGCGUUUGAGAUCAGUAAUUUUACAUGCACCAUUUGACGGUUGUGGUUUGUAUCUGAUUUGCAGGUGCAUAUAAAAGGUGGGUGGUUUUCUUUGACUUGCAAGGAAAUUACAUUAUCUGGAAGAAAAAAAUGGAAUGGGAUUGGUUAAAAAUCUUUCCUUGAUAACAUGAACUUUGUAACUAGCUAUGCACAGUGAGAUUACUAAUCAUAUUUGCUAGGGAGAAGAGCGAGACAGUAAAUUACUAUUGUUGAGGCUCUGGGUGCAUUAAUCCAUAUUACAUUCCCUUGUUAGGCCAAAUUGGCAAAUUUCUUGGCUUUCUCUCAGCUGCACCUGCUCUUUCUUUUUUGUUAGGUUGAUGCAUGUCUACUAUAGAAGAUUUUCUCUUUUGCAUCCAUUCUUUUUCCUGCCUUGAACUCUUGUCUUGUUUUUCUGGGUUUUUUUACAGUAAGGAUGUGAUUGAUGACUCUGUUUAUGCU